AUGCACCGGGGGCUUCCGGUCGUGGCGCGGCGGUUUCUUUCGAGGAAGUCUUGGGCUCUUCCCCAGCCACCGGCCGCUGUCGCUGUCAGACCUGCACCCUGGCCGCUGGCACGUUUCAUUUCAACCUCCGUGCCUCGCCUAGCUGCGGAGCCCGAGGCAGAGGCCCCAGAUCUGGAGGAGCUCCGAGAAAAGAUCGCAGAGGCCCACGCUCAGCUACAAGAGCUCGACGAGAAGCUCAAAGCCAGCAAAGCUGACCUGCAGCAGGCGGUUCGCAGGCAUAGCCAAGAUCUGGAUAAUGAUACCAAGUACGCUUACACCAAGUUUGCCUUAAGCUUACUCCACGUUCCGGACAACCUGGAAAGAGCCAUCGACAGCGUCAAGACAGACGAGCUCGAUGAAAGCGAGGAGCUGAGGAAGGAAGUGGAAGGCGUUAAGAAGGUCCGACAUACCGUCGAGGAGGCCCUUGCCAAAUUCGGCAUCACCAAGAUGAAGGCGCUGGAUGCCGACUUUGAUCCGGCACACCACGAGGCGAUGUUUGCCAUGGAGAUGCCGGGCAAGGUGGAGAGCAUCCGUGACACAAAGAAUUCAGAUGCGCGCCUGGCGGCAGAACGCUCUCAAAAGAUUCAGAACCCAGUGGCCAAGAUUGAAGUUGCAGUUGGCACUUUCAAGGACCAGGGCUGGGGAAACUGCAAGGGGAAUCUCUACCUGACUUUGCUGGAAGGCGACACUGUGCUGGCAUGUCGAAACCUCUAUGGGACGUACAGGUCGAACGGCUACCAGCAUGGCCCACAACCUCCGCCUCUGACCCUGUCUGACUCCGAAGAUGUGGUGCGCCUGGCGAAGCCAGGCUGUUUCUACCGGAUGGAAUAUACGGUGGGUGCUGGUGGAGGCCACGUGCUUGAGGUCCAAAACUGGACUUGCGCGAUCUAUGAGUGCGAGCCUCCUCCUGAGCCAACAGUGCAUGUUGUCCAGGUGAAGGAAAUCCGUGACAGAAAGAAUACAGAUUCGCGCCAGACGGCAGAAAGCUCUAAAAAGAUUCGGCACCCAGUGGGCAAGAUUGAAGUUGCAGUUGGCACUUUCAAGGACCAAGGCUGGGGAAAUUGCAAGGGGAACCUAUACCUCACUUUGCUGGAAGGCGACACCGUGCUGGCAUGCCGAAACCUUUAUGGGACGUACAGGACGAACGGCUACCAGCAUGGCCCACAGCCUCCACCUCUGACUCUGUCUGGCUCGGAAGAUGUGGUGCGCCUGGCGAAGCCAGGCUGUUGCUACCGGAUGGAAUAUACGGUGGGUGCUGGCGGAGGCCACGUCCUUGUGGUGGAAAACUGGACUUGCACGAUCCAUGAGCGCAAGCAGCCAGAACCCAGCACUGAACCCACCAACGAGCCCAGCAACGAGCUCAGCAACGAACCCAGCAAUGAACCUGGCAACUAG